AUGUCUACGAAUGUCGACGAAAAGUGCGAGGAGCCGCGAUUGAUGCAUCGCCUGCCGUCCGUCGCCGUCGUCGCGGCGUCGCGGGCGUCGACGAAGAACCCGCGAGAGCGUCGGGCGAUUGACGUCCCGCGCCGCCUGGGGUCCACCGCCGAUCACUGCGUCGAGGCGUACGCGAGGGAGAGCGCGAGAGGGCGGCGGCUGGCGGCGGCGGCGGCGGCGUGCGCGCGGGCGUCGCGGGGACGGCCGGAUGUCCGGGCGAUGACGGUGCUGCUGGCGCAGGCGAAAGAGCUGUGUGAUCGACGACGACGAGGGUUGGUGCGUGGCUUGGUGGAUUGCGCGCGGGGGGGGGAGGCGAUCGCGAGACGAUUGCGAGCGUUCGCGGAGACGAAUGCGUGGACGGCGACCGAGUUGGAGUGCGCGGGCGGAGACGCGGCGGCGAUCGGGGCGAUGAAAAGGGCGCUCGCGAAGGCUGAACGCGAGGAGGCGACGAUGGUGGAGGAAACGCUCGGGUCUUCGAGGAAGCGUGGGAGGGCGUCGACGGAUGUAGAGGAGACAAAGGCGAAAGCGGGCGCGACGAUGGCGGACGACGGACGAUCGCCGAGAAUCAGCGCGCCGUCUCCCGUGUUCGCGGCCGACCGGGAGAAAGACGAGGACGACGACGGCGACGACGAGGACGACGACGCAAACGAUAAAUCGGAGGAUCAACUCAUGCUCACCGCGGAGGAGCCCGAGGAGGCGUCGGAUGAGGAGACGCUGACGCCAUCGCCGACGAUGGAGACGCAACCGCUCUCGGGCGACGAUUCCGAACCUGAGGUGGACACGUUUACGUCACCGACGACUAAAAAUGUCGUUCAGAUCUUGAUGGAAAUGGACACACGCAACGCCGCGUACUCUCUCGAUCCCGAGACUGAGGAAUGA